AUGACAACAACGGCUGCAGCAUCCAACUCGGUCUUCAUUACUGCGGCCCUCAAGCGCCGUCGUAUCCUAGCUUCAAAGAUCAUCCUCGUUCCUUAUGCUCGUCACCUCGUACCCAAGUACAAUCAAUGGAUGCAAAACACCGAGUUGCAAUUUCUCACCGGCUCCGAACCGCUGAGCCUCACCGAAGAGUACGCCAUGUACGAGUCGUGGACUGCUGAUACGAACAAGUGCACCUUCAUCGUCCUCAAUCGAGCCGCCUACGAGGCCCAGUCAGAGGGACAAGUAGCAGAUGAAGAGCGGGAAAUUGCGUCCAUGGUCGGCGAUGUCAAUUUCUACGUCCUGGACACCGAAGAAGGCAUUGCUGAGAUUGAAAUUAUGAUCGCAGAGCCGUCGGCCCGAGGUCGUGGAUUUGGUAAAGAGGCUGCUCUUGUGAUGAUGCAGUUCGGCCAUCAAAUGGCCAAGGUGCAAAAGUACGAGGCCAAAAUAAAAAUAAGCAAUGAGCAGUCACAGAAGCUCUUUGCUGGCUACUUUGGAUUCCGCGAAGUGUCAAGAAGUGCCGUCUUCGGAGAGAUCACCUACGAGGCUGACCUGACGGGCGAGUGCCAACUGAAGGAACUCUUUGCGGGCGUCCAAGUUCAGCACCAAUUGCUCGGCUGA